AUGCCGUCCAAGGCGGAGAGCCUGCGGCCCUCGGAGCCGGCCCCGCAGCCGCCGGAAGGGAGGACGCUCCAAGGACAGCUUCCCGGCGCUCCGCUGGCCCAGCGCGCGGGGUCCCCACCCGAUGCUACGGGCUCCGAGAGCCCCGCGCUUGCCUGCAGUACUUCGGCCACGCCCAGCGGCGAGGACCCGCCAGCCCGAGCAGCGCCCAUCACCCCGCGGCCCCCCGCCAGGCCUCGGCUGGAGCGAGCCCUGUCCCUGGACGACAAGGGCUGGAGGAGGAGGCGUUUUCGAGGCAGCCAGGAGGACCUGGAAGCCCGGAAUGGGACCAGUCCCUCCAGGGGCUCAGUGCAGAGCGAGGGCCCCGGGGCCCCCGCCCACAGCUGCUCCCCGCCCUGCCUGAGCACCUCCUUGCAGGAAAUCCCGAAGUCCCGCGGGGUCCUGGGCAGUGAGAGAGAGAGCCCGUCCUCGGGGGGUAACGCUCUCUCUGGGGUGGCCAGCAGCUCCCCGAACCUCACGCACAGAGACGCCGCCGUGGCGGGGAGCUCGCCCAGGCUGCCCAGCCUGCUGCCCCCGCGCCCACCGCCUGCCCUGAGCCUGGACAUCGCUUCCGACUCCCUGAGGACAGCAAACAAAGUCGACUCGGAUCUUGCGGACUACAGGCUCCGCGCGCAGCCGCUCCUGGUGCGGGCCCACAGCAGCCUGGGCCCCAGCCGGCCCCGGAGCCCCCUGGCCUGCGACGACUGUUCCCUUCGCUCGGCCAAAUCCUCCUUCAGCCUCCUGGCGCCCAUCCGCAGCAAGGACGUCCGCAGCAGGAGUUACCUGGAGGGCAGCCUCUUGGCCAGUGGGGCCCUGCUGGGGGCGGAUGAGCUGGCCCGCUACUUCCCAGACCGCAACAUGGCACUCUUCGUGGCCACCUGGAACAUGCAGGGCCAGAAGGAGCUCCCGCCCAGCCUGAACGAGUUCCUGCUCCCAGCCGAAGCCGACUAUGCCCAGGACCUGUACGUCAUCGGGGUCCAGGAGGGCUGUUCUGACAGGCGGGAGUGGGAGACUCGUCUGCAGGAGACGCUGGGCCCGCACUACGUGCUGCUGUCCUCGGCUGCCCACGGCGUGCUCUACAUGUCGCUCUUCAUCCGCAGGGACCUCAUCUGGUUCUGCUCAGAGGUGGAGUGCUCCACGGUGACCACACGCAUCGUGUCUCAGAUCAAGACCAAGGGGGCCUUGGGCAUCGGCUUCACCUUUUUUGGCACCUCUUUCCUCUUCAUCACAUCCCACUUCACUUCAGGCGACGGGAAGGUGGCGGAGCGGCUGCUGGACUACGCCAGGACCGUGCAAGCCCUGGCCCUGCCCAGAAAUGUGCCUGACACCAACCCCUAUCGCUCCAGCGCAGCGGAUGUCACCACCCGCUUCGAUGAGGUGUUCUGGUUUGGAGACUUCAACUUCCGCCUGAGUGGCGGGCGCACAGUCGUGGACGCCCUCCUGUGCCAGGGCCUGGUGGUGGACGUGCCGGCGCUGCUGCAGCACGACCAGCUCAUCCGGGAGAUGAGGAAAGGGUCCAUCUUCAAGGGCUUCCAGGAGCCGGACAUCCACUUCCUCCCGUCAUACAAGUUUGACAUCGGGAAGGACACGUACGACAGCACCUCCAAGCAGAGGACGCCCUCGUACACGGACCGCGUCUUGUACAGAAGCCGCCACAAGGGUGACAUCUGUCCUGUGAGCUACUCUUCCUGCCCCGGGAUCAAGACGUCCGACCACCGCCCUGUGUAUGGUCUCUUCCGGGUGAAAGUGAGGCCGGGCCGAGACAACAUUCCAUUGGCAGCUGGCAAAUUUGAUAGAGAACUGUACUUACUAGGAAUUAAAAGACGGAUUUCAAAGGAGAUUCAGAGGCAGCAAGCACUACAGAGUCAGAACUCCAGCACCAUCUGUUCCGUUUCUUAACUGCAAGGUGGGGUGAUCGUAUUGAUCAAAACCCACUGGGAAGGACAUAGAGUUUGCCGCCUUUCGGGGAUCCGAGGGACUGUGGUGACCAUGCCUCUGUGCCAGCGUCCCAGGAAGGAUGCCAACCCUGAGCGAGCCUGUCCUUCUCCGUGGCAGGUUCACACGGUGUGGGUGGGCAGGGCUUGGACCCGCCUGGCAGCACCACGGACCCCAGCCACUCUCGGAGGCAGACGUCCGAAUCCGUUCCUGAGCAGCCCCCGUACCCUGGGGCACUCACAGCGCCCCCCACCCCCCGUGCUCUGCGCCAGCCUCUCCGAGACUCCACACCCGAAGCAGGCGUCCAUCUGUGUCCUCCUGGCAGCCCCUCACACACCACCCCAUGUCACACAGGUAUCCAGAGCAAGGCUGGAUCUGGGCUAGGUGACCCCUGGGGCCUCGGACCUCGGAGUGGGCCCCAGAGCCCAGCUGAGGAAGCCACACAGCCUCCGGGAUGCGGCACAGUUCCCCUCCACUCGGCUGCAGGUUGCCCGCGGUGGGGCGAGGAGGCCUGCACCCCAGCAUAAGGGCCUCCCCUGCUGAGUAAGAAGCCGCCUCCCCUCCUCUCACAGGCCAAGCCUGUUGUGUGAAACCAUCUCGUGGUUUUGGUGAUGUAGACCGUUUGCUUCUUUAACUCCAGCCACAGAAUGACAUUAGUGGAGCCUGGCUGGGGAACUGCCGGACGUUUAGGAUGCCACCACCUUGAACACCUGGGCCAGGGAUCCCCACCAUGUCCCGGGGUUCUUUCUUCGAGAGUAUAGAACCAUUCAUUCGUGCUUUGUGUCCCAUUCCAUCUCUUGAAAAAAUGUAGUCUUUGAAUGUGCGGAAAUCUAGGGACAUUCAAUCUAGUCUUUUAAAUUAUUUAUUUAUUUUUCCAUAUUUAUAUUUUUAAAUAAAUGCAUAUAUUGAGUCUUUUAAA